AUGCAGCAGUGGACGCCUGAUAGCAACUCCGAGUCACCUGAAAGCAACGGGCGGCCGUCCGCACUUUCGCGGGAGGCGAGGUUGUUCAGGACGGAGGGGCGAUCGACUCGCCGCAGCACCCGCUCUGAACAUCGCCGAGCGUCGCGAGAGGUCUUUCCUACAGAGCCAUUCUGGACGCUGUGUCACAAUGACAAGGGGGACGACGAGGACGAGGAGGGGCGACAUAGCGCACCGCAGCGCCUGUCACGGCACAUCCCCCAGCGCGCCGGCAUUGAUAUGACGGUUUCAUCGUUCAACCUCAUGGCAUCCACUGCCUGCGGGGCCCAGACAUCCGUGGGCUCACCGCUCAGCGUAAGCUGCUGCGGCGGACGAGACUACAGCCGCAACCCUUACUGCGCUGCGGCUCCCACCAGUCGCUACGUCACUCCAGGAGCCACUCAUCUGUCCACAGCCACCGCUACUAACGCGAACGGGUAUGCUGCAGCGGCGGCCCCAACACCCUCCUCUAGCGCCUUCACAAGCUUCUCCGAGUCUAUGGUGUCGGACGACUCCUCUUACAUGACCUCACUCUACAACGAUGUGCUGGCGGACCACCUCAUCGGUCAUCGGGGUGGCGUAGUGACGGCCGUGAACGGCGGCAGCACAGACGAUCCAGGUGCAACCGUGUACACUCGAGCUAUUCUGACGUCAGGUGCAAACCUGAGUGUGUGUGAGUCGAGCACCGCCAUGUCGGACGAAAGAGGCGUCACCGGCCUCAGCACUGCGAAAUGUGGGAGUAGUCUGCACGCCAGUGCGGACGGUCCAGUCAACUCUGCGCGCAGAGGACUUGGAGGCGAGGUGCUGCGGUUUGCAGAUACCACCCAUGCUGAGGCGACUCCGCGGUCGUUGGUUACGGCCAGUCCAACAGAGACCUCUUCGCUUCGUCUCGCCACCUUCUCAGCUAAGGGUACCGCAAGAGUAGUCGCCAGCACUGCCACCGCCACAACCGUUGGUGCGGGUCUCUCCUCUGCGCUGCCCCGCGUACGUUGUCGCACAAUCUACACAUCUGGCAGCGGAAGCCGCGGCAUAUGUGGAGCCCGCGUCUUCAACACCACCCCUGAGCGGGUCCUAGAUGCGCCGCAGUUUCCACCCAAGGCGACGCAGUUGCUGGACUGGGGUGUGAACAACUGCAUCGCGAUUGGGAUGGGGCAGUCUCUGUACUCGUGGAGCGGCGACAGUGGCGAGGCCAUGAAGGUGGUGGAGCUCGACGACGCCGUGCGCAUCUGUUGUCUUCAAUGGCUGCAGAAGUGCUCCUGCGUGGCAAUUAGUGUGCAGGAUGGCACCACAGCCAUCUUCGACUCCCGCACAUCGAGCUUCCUGCGAAUUGUGCGUCUUCCACCGGAACUGGAGGUGACGGGGCUGUCCGUGAAGGGUCCGGUGUUGGCGGUGGCAUCUGACGGACCUUACGGCACCACUUGCGCCUUCGACCUCCGCGCGAAGGACGCCCUGGUGGCCAUCUAUGAGGGUCACGUAGGUGGCGUUACCACCUUACACUACUGCGCCGCAGAGCCCUUCUACCUCGCGACGGGCGGCAGUGAUGGAUCAGUGCGAGUGUGGGACGCCCGACGUGCCUCAACACCGCGCUAUGCGUUUGACAGCGUUCACCAAGGCAGCGUCAACGUAGCCCGCUGGGACCCGCAGAAGCGCAGCCGCCUCUUCACCGGCGGUGAGGACGGCAUUAUGUGCCUCAUCGACACUCACGCCCCUAAGCGCACCAUCGAGAUGGAUACCAUGCCCGAUGAGGAGGUUGUUGGGUUCGGCUGCAGUCACGAGCACCUCACCCAGUACGUAACACGCGCCGUCAACACACAGUAUCCCAUCUCUGGCUUGGUCUGCCACGGAACGAAUGGCGAGGUGCUCACGGCCCACAAAAACAAAGGGCAGCUGCAACUUCGAAAGGCAUCCACGUUCCACCUCCUCACCACCUUCACCGCGCUCCACUGCGAUGCCUCACUGAGCUGUCUCACCAUGGCACCAGACCAGGAGCGUGUCUGCGCUGCCCAGGCAGAUGAGACGUUAAAGUUCUGGCGGGUCUUCGAAAAGAGCACCGCUCGUGGCGGUGAGCGCAACGGCGUGGGGUGUGUAGAUCAAGGACGGAAGCCACUCCACCAGGAUCUCAGUAAUUUCUUGGAAGAGCCGCUGCGGUGA